GACUGGGCUGUAUGAGAGCGGUGCAUAUUUGGAAGAGAGAAACGUCGGCGAUUCGGUAAAGAAGAAUUGACGUGCGCCUGAUCAGGCGUUGAAGGCAUCCGGAUUGUGAGCGACUCAGAAUCUCCACGCGAGGGGGUAGAUACCGAACGUUCGAAACGACGCGUGAUUUCGAGGACAGAAGGAUGUUUGGGAUACUUUGAAUGCGAGACGCUCUUGCGGGGAUCAGAAGGGAAAUAUCGAGGUUGAGCCAACUCUGCCUUCUCUAAUGCGCACUGGAUUUCAACGUUUGGCGAUCCUAGGAAUCCGACGACAAAGGCUUUCUUCUCUGACUGAAUACUAGAUGCACUGUCGACGGAGGUUGAGCCUGCUGAAAGUGACAAGGCAGAGUUCUGGCGUGCUUCCCAAAUGAGAGCACGGCGCUGGCGAACGAAGACGUGUUUGAGGAAGAUAAGAGUCAUAAGAAAGAGCAGUAGCGCCGCCAGAAUUGCGCAAGAAACUGCCACUGUAGGAAUGCUUUCACGGGACGGGAUUGGUAGAGCUGAUGCAGAGCCGGCGAGUAGGAGACAUGUUGAGGCGAGGAUAAUCAUCGUCCUGGAUGGACGAAAGCGAGUGACGAGCUCAGAAGUCGGCCCGGGUCAGGCGAGAUCAGCCGCACUGGUCGUUACUUUGGGGAAGAAGCGAUCGUGAUUUUGACGUCACUCACAGGGGGCGGGGCCAAGUCUCUGUGUCACAACCACUGGCAUUCACGCUACAUCCACGCGACGUCCACAAAGCACCGACCCAGAAUCUCUCAUAUGCAUGGGCAGAACGAGAUAAAUACCGCCGACUACGUGAACGAAGCACACAUUCGCGCAUUCUCGGAUGCGCUUUCGUUCGAACUCGAAUUCAAUGACAAGGCUGUCGAUCCUACUGGGCCGCCUUCUCCAGUGCAGCCCACACCUCCCUCUCGAAUCCGCAAAGUCUCUGCCUUGUCAGACUUUGCACCCCAUGCAAGUGUGGCUCGGGGUCACAAUCAAGAGCUAAUCCUCAAUCUAGGGAGGGGGAAGAAGGGGCUUCUCCGGAAGAACUUACGCGGGUCGAAGUCAUACGAGGAAUGGAAGAAAGCAGCUCUUGUCAUGGAUGACUAUCUGAAGUUUAAUGAAUGGAAGAAGGAAGACGAGGAUGCGUUCUACGACUGGAAGCUGGUUCGGAAGGUGCAACGUUCGCUGAAGAGCCUGCGAGAAACAUUCUACGGAACCAAAGAUUUGAUAGAAGCCUACUUCGACGAACAAGAGAAAGCUCUGGAUUUUAUACGGGAGACCCCAGAUCUGACGAUAGACGAGAAGAAACGGUUCUUCAAAGCAGCCAAUACAAAUCUCGGUGCCAGCGCCUUGUGUCUUUCAGGGGGUGCAUCGUUUGGCUAUUAUCACUGCGGUGUAGUCAAGGCUCUCCUUGAUUCGUCUCUGCUGCCUCGAGUCAUCACAGGCACGAGCGCUGGGGGAUUGAUCGCUGCUCUAUGCUGCACACGCACUGGUAUAGAUUUGCUCGGUUAUGCAAACGUGUAUUCAACGUUUAUAGAUGCCGAGUUGAAAGACGUUCUUGUUCCUGAGCUGGCCAAUCGAAUCACUGCAUGCGAAGAGUCUGUGAAAGUAUGGAUGGGUCGGAUAUGGAAGACAGGUGCUCGCUUCGAUCCAAUCAUAUGGGCCAAGAAAUGCACGUUCUUUACAAGAGGCUCUCUCACUUUCAGAGAAGCGUAUCAAAGAACUGGUCGCGUUCUGAACAUCUCAGUCAUUCCGGCGGAUCGCCAUUCACCGACUCGGCUUUUGAAUUAUCUCACUGCACCCGACACUGUUAUUUGGAGUGCCCUGCUUGCGUCUGCAGCUGUUCCUGGCAUCCUACCACCUGUGGUGCUCAUGCAGAAGCUCCGGGAUGGCAGCGUCGUCCCUUGGAAUUGGGGUAGCAGAUUUAAGGACGGCUCUCUGCGAGUCGAUGUUCCGAUCCAGGGCUGGCGAGGAAACUUCAUCUUGUCGGCUGCGGAGCAGUGGUUGAAACAUGAGUUGACGAAGAAUUUCAAGUUGAUUCGGGACUUGGAACUCCUGCCUCAGCUGCUUGGACAAGAUUGGUCCUCGGUUUUCUUGCAGAGGUUCGAUGGCAAUAUCACAAUAUGGCCACGGACACGUUUCUGGGAUUGGAUCCGCAUUCUGAGCGACCCCGAUCCCACAGAACUGCAGAGGAUGAUCAGGGUUGGCGAGCUGGUGACAUGGCCGAAACUUCACAUGAUUUCAAACAGAGCCAAGAUCGAAAAGCAGAUAUACCUUGGAAGGCAGUACGUCCGACAAAGCCUUCACGCCAAAGCUGCAGCUCUUCCGGCAACCACACCACCAGCGACGGGGUCUGACCCCCCGCUUUCCGUGGAUACUGAUGCAGAAGCUGCGCAUCUGCAUAAACCCCGGCCUCUCGUCUCCAACAAACGACCACACUCGGGUACAUCCACACCCCGGGACGAUGGACGGCAACGAGAUCUCUUGCGUUCACCCGCGGCCCGUCGUAAAUGGGCUUCCAAUAUCCUGCAUACGAACGCGGCCGAUAACCCCAACGAUGACAGUUUUUUUACACUAGCGGCGGUAGAACGACGACUUGCUCAACAGCAAGCCGCGGCGGCGAACUCGGACGAGCUGCUAUUCUCUGGGGCUGAACAUGACCUCCGACAGAAGUUCCGCCGGUUGAUCGAUCCAGGGAUUCUGCGGCCCAAUGCCGAGGCCCAAGCUGCUGCGUCUCUCAAGAUUCUGUUAACGAUAUCGGAGAACCUUCUCCGUGAACCGGACAAUCCAAAAUAUCAGAAAUUCAAGCCGACGAACAGUAUCAUCAAAAGAGAUAUAAUCGAUCCCAAAGGGACUGUGGAGUAUGCUCGCGAGCUCGGGUUCUCUCCCGAAGUCGACGACUUCCAGCCAUACUACGUCUUCAACCCGCGCAAGAUGGUGAAUCUACGCAUCGGGGCUGCCAUGUUGAAGGAGGCUGUAGAGCUAGGAACACAGAAGGAGACGCGGAAGGCACACGCGAAGAAGACGGAGAAGGCGGCGAUACAGGCCGCAGCAGACAAGGUCCGGCUAGCGUACGAAGACGAUCGUAAGCGGAAAUUACAGAACGAUCAGCUCGAGAAAGAGCGGCGCGACGCGCGCAUGGCCGCUGCAGCGCGUCGGGCCGAGGAGCAGGCGCAGCGGGCGGACGAAGCAGCCGUUGAGAAGGAGGAGGGCGGCGACGAUGGGGUCGAUGAGGAAGAGGAGGAAUUGGCCCUCAGACAUGGCCGGAUGCCCGGAUCCGGGCAUGUACUGGGCGCGCAACCUCUACCGUACAGAUCAUCUUCUUCAAACAAGAAGACAGAUUGAGUGCCUGUUUCAAUGUUUGUAUAGUUGUACGAAUAAAUCAUCAUGUGGCGGCGAUUCUGAAACCCGAGAACACAGAGUUUCGUUCGUAUGUAGGUAAUCGUAAAA